UACCAGUCAGUGCUCCAGGGCGCUGGCGGCGGAAGAGAUGGAGCAGCGUCGUCACUAGCGCCCAGCCCCUUAAAACGCUGCUGGCUGGAGCCGCCUCUCUCCCUGCAGCCUGCAGCGGGGAUGGAGUAAACGGGGGACAGACCCAUCGACCUGCCCUGCCGCGGGGGUUCAGCGAUGGAGUUAAAGCAAUCGUUGUCCACCCAUCUGGAAGCUGAGAAGCCUCUGAGGCGAUAUGGGGCGGUGGAGGAGACAUCGUGGAAAGCGGAGGGACUGGGGAGAAGCCAGCUGGACAUCAUCUCCAUGGCGGAGACAAGCCUGAUGCCCGAGGAGAUCGAGCUGGAGAUGGCGAAGAUACAACGUCUCCGUGAAGUCUUGGUCCGGCGCGAGUCUGAGCUCAGGUUCAUGAUGGAUGACAUCCAACUCUGCAAGGACAUCAUGGACCUGAAGCAGGAGCUGCAAAAUCUGGUCGCUAUCCCAGAGAAAGAAAAGACGAAGCUGCAGAAGCAGAGGGAGGAUGAGCUAAUCCAGAAGAUCCACAAACUGGUGCAGAAGAGGGACUUCCUGGUGGAUGAUGCCGAGGUGGAGCGGCUAAGAGAGCAAGAAGAAGACAAGGAAAUGGCUGACUUCCUGAGAAUCAAAUUAAAAACUCUAGACAAAGUAACCAAACCUUCAGCCGGCUCCCGGGCAGAGAAGAAAGCCGAGCCCCCACCUAGCAAACCCACCGUGGCCAAGACAGGGCUGGCGCUUGUCAAGGAUUGCUGCGGGGCCACCCAAUGCAACAUCAUGUAGCCCCCAUGCAGGGUCCCCCCCUCCCCCGGAGCCAUGGGGGACCCUUCUCCCAUCCUCUUGUCGUCAUGGCCCCCAUUUCACCGGGGCCCAAGAGCUCUCCAAGGCGGAAGGGGUUGAAGGCAAGCCCAUGACUGCCGCCAGGGGCCAUGGGUACGGCAGGCCACCUUGUACAGAGUGUAGCAAUCAGGAGUCCCUCACUGUCGCAUGGCCCUCCCCAGAGCAUGCCCAACCCAGGAGUCUGUCUCACUGUUUAUCUAGCCACCAAGAAAGGUCCUUCCUCUAGACAGUCUAUCUCCACUUCUGUAUCUACACUGUGCGAAGGAGCUGGGAGAGGGAUGGGAUCCCUAGGUGUGUAUAGCUGUGACUUUUGACAAUCUAGCACUGUGUUGGACCCAUUCCCCUCCACGCUGCUCCUCACUCUGCUGUCAGGCCUGCCCCAAUGGGCAGAAGGUCCUGUCUCCUGUCUGUCUUCUCCCAGGAGCCAUGCCCUGGAGGGCUUCCGUCAGCCCCCAUGUCUCUCAGGAGUCAUUAUUCCUGGAAACCGCUGGCCUGCCUGUCAAGACGGAGCUCGCGUGGGCUGUAUUGGCAGCUCCUGCUUCCUCCCAUCCUUUGUGUGGCCAAGGUUCACAUCAGGCAGGUAUCCACCCUGUUCCAGGCUCUUCCUUCACUUGCCGAGGCCUGGAGUCUGGAGUGUACAGGGACUGGGGAGUCUUGGCCAGGAGCAGACCCAGCCCUUGAACCUGGUAGCAGAGAGCCGGCCAGGGUGGAUAAGAAGGGGACCCAGAAGAGAUGUCAGUCCGCAUUCUCUUCAACCCCUGGGAACCACGGCAGACAGCACCCAAGGGAUGUCACCCCACCAACACACGGGUGGGGGAGGAAGCUUGACCCAACUGUGUUCUGUCGUCCGGUGGCGUAUUUGAACCAGCCCAACAAUUCCGCCUGUGCAACUUGUACAUUUGCUACAGGUCACCUGACACAGCCCGUGUGAUCUCUCUGUGCGUGUAUGUGUGUCGUGACCGGCCCAAGUAGUUAGCAUAACUCACGACUUGCUGAUCUGCAAUCAUCCAUCUGAGAAAAUAAAAAUGGGAAACACGUA